UAUUUUCUCUUCUUUUCAUCUUCUUUCUCUCUCGCACUCUCUAAAGAAAACAUGAAGCGAUGGACAAAUUUAGGGUUUGUAGACACGAUCUAUGAGGAAGAAGACUACGUGGAUCACACUUCUUCCUUCUCUUCUUCUUCUUCUUCAUCUUUGUCUCCUUCUCCUCAACCACGUAUCAAUCUCUCUUCUCCUUCAAUGGAGCUUGAAUCUAGAGUCCAUAAAUGGUCGUUAGCUAAUAACUCUAAACCUGAUGUGUUGGUACAUGUGGGAGGCACAAGGUUCCAUCUUCAUAAGGAUCCUCUGUCAAGAAAGAGUGGCUAUUUAAAACGCCACCUAACGGGCGUUAACGAAUUAACUCUCUCACCGCCGUUAAACAUAACGGCUGAAACGUUCUCGUUAGUAACCGCAUUCUGUUACGGCGCUCACAUCGAAUUAACGCCGUUCAAUGUCGUUUCUCUGAGAGUCGCCGUCGAGAUUCUUCAGAUGACGUCGGAAGCUGGAGGACACGGCGUUAGAGCUAACCUGAGAAACUUAACGGAGUCUUAUCUCCGACGAAUCGUCUUCGCCAACGUCGACUACAUCAAGAUCGUUCUCCGUUCAUGCCUCGCCUUGCUCCCGGAGUCGGAAACGACGGCGUUUUUAGUCGGAAGAUGCAUCGAAGCUUUGACGGAAUUCGGAGACGGAGACUGCGUCAACGAGUUUCUCGAGGAAGCCGUUAUACUUCCCGCCGGAUAUUUCGUCGUCGUCGCCGACGCCGUGCAGCAGCGUUUCCCGCGCCACGAUUUGCUCUACCGAAUCGUGGAUGCUUAUUUGAAGGAGCAUGACGGAGAGAUAACGGAGGAGGAGAAGGUUCAGAUAUGUAAUUCGAUAGACUGCGACAAACUCUCGCCGCUGUUACUACUUCACGCCGUCCAAAACCCCAAAAUGCCCCUGAGGUUUAUCGUACGCGCGAUGCUACAGGAGCAGCUCAACACGCGCCACUCGAUAAUAGCUGCCGCCGACGCCGUCGCCUCCUCUGCCGGAGACAGACACCGAGAGAUCGCCUCCGCGGCGGCGAGAGACUCCUCCGUAACGCUCGGGUCGCUUCUCCAAAGAGACACGGCGGCGCGGCAAAACUGCCGGCUAAGAGCUGCGAUGGAUUCCACGAGCUCGAGGAUCCAAAAUUUGGAGAAAGAGCUCGACGCGAUGAAGAGAUUCAUAUCGAAAGAAUCGGAGAAACAGAGAUCAGAACGGAUCAUCGAGUCUAAGUCGAGGAGCGUGAUGGAUUCUGCUCGAUCCGCGAGCUUCCACUGCGUCCACCAAUCGAGCAAUAACGUGAACAAGACGCAGAGAGGAGAGAGAGGAUCGGUUUCAUCACUGAGCACGACUUUCCGGCGAGGAGGAACAACAUCUCCGCCGCCGCCGCAGCAGCCGCAAUCGAAGAGUCUAGGCAAAAGACUGAUUAACGGGAUAAAGAGUGUGUUCUCUUCAUCAUCUAAACAAGGAGGUAAGAAAAAUGCAUAUGAAGUCGAGGAGAUUUAUGAUGGAUUAGAAGAUUUCAUUUGGAUCAAAGACAACGAAGGUGAUAACAUCUCUGAAGAACUUCACUCUCACUACAUCAACAACAAAUGAUCCCUCUCUCUUACAUUAUCUUCUUUCGUAAUAUUUUUUUGUAGCCAAGAGUGAUUCUAUGUUCCUUCAAGUAAUGAGAUUUCCAUCGUUUACCUCCAAAA